UGUAAUUAACCACAGUUCAUGUUAGAACAGCGUCUUCUCAAGUGACAUGAGUGUGUAACUUGAAUCCCACUCCUCCCAGUUUGCUGUGAUGGCUCCUCCAGCCGUGAGCUGGUAUGAUCUCAACUGCAGAGACCGAACUGUUCUCUGUGUGGCGUGUGAUGUUGAACAACGGAUUUCAUCCGUUGCUGCACUAUUUUUACCUAAAACGUCCCUGUUCGACUGAACUCAUGCUUUUUGCUUUUAUUUGGAGCGCUGGGAAGAUGCAACCACAAAGUCAAACAAUGUCUUCAAAGGAAAUUUCAGUCAAAGCUGUGAAAAAUGAAAUAUCAGAGCAAAGCCGACGUGGAACACUAAUAAAAUCUGUCAGACCGCCGGACCUGACUUUUUGCAGGUCUUGGUUUAUGAAUGACACCGCAACACUGUUGUGCUGCACUUCCACAGCAGAGGAAGCAUUUCACUAUUCAUAUCAGAAUGUAAAGUGGGAUGUGUUCACACAGUGGUUAGUCAGACUGCAUCAACUUCAAAUUCUUCCCUCAGCAUGAUAAAAAUGGAGCUGGAUGAUAAACAGGAAACAGACAACGACUGUCGCAAUAGAAAAGCACUUUCUAUUCAUGGUAGGAGUUGACUGACUGAAAAUAUGGCCAGACAAAGACAGGGAUAUGUGACAAGGAAUAUACAGUGCAUGCAAAGAUCUUUAUAUAUUGUAUUAUGGGGAAAUUGUUACUCAAGUAAUCACACGUCAGUCCUCUCUUCAAUGUGUGGCUGAUGUAUAGUAAUUAUCAAUUGCCAACCUAUAAUUUAGCCCCGAGCUGGAGUGGUAAUGUUGGUGUUGGUCCUCAUUAUCAGUGUCACACCCAUAAAGAAGUUGUGAAACGCAUAAUUUCCUUGAAUCAAACCCGGCAUCUAAUGCACUGAUAAGACCGUGUAACUGCGACUGCUCCGUGCAUGUACAUAAUAUUCACAGGCAGUAAGUAUAUGGCAAGAUGCUCAUUGGAUCCUAUUGUUUGCCACUCAUUCCCGUCUCUCUGCAAUGACGUAUUAUUUAUCAACGCAUAUGUAAUUGCACCUUGCAUGUCGCUGCAUGUCUUUGCUUUGAAGUGUAGUUCAAACACCACACCUUGAUUCAUACAUGCAAGCCUGAGACUUAGAUCUACUGUCCAGCUAGACAGAAAAAAUAUAUAGUAAAAUCCUUAUAUACAGUAGGUAAUAACGAGAUAAUGACUAAAUGUCUUUUAUUACACCUUUAUAAACUGAGAAGGAACAUGUCUGUAUUUAAAACUGCAUUUAAAAGUUGCUAGAAUGUGAUUGUAAAUUGUGGUGUUGCUGGACAAGCCCGGUACCAUUAUCAUUCUGUCGUGACUCAGUAUAAUGUUAAACCUGACUCGGGCCAAAAAAAAGGUCCGUGCAGGUCGUGUGCUGCACGUUGACUGGAUGCCGUCCUGUUUUGACUGAUGAUUCACUUUGCCAUCCAACUUGACUUUCCUGUUCGCGCAUUGGCCUUUAAUAGACAGAGUAGAGAUGAAAGCGUGCGAAGGGAAAGUUUUCUAAUUGUUCAUGGAAAGGAAGAGCGCAUAAGAACAAGAGGCAAAGAAGCCCCAGAUGUUUAAGCUGCGUGACUUAAGUCUGCAGAGUUCUUUGACAUGCUGGAGAGGAUGCAGGAUGACUACAUCCCCUACCCACGGAUAGAAGAUGUGCUGGAGAAGGGCGGCCCAUUCCCCCAGGUGAUCCUGCCACAGUUCGGGGGAUACUGGAUUGAAGACGUCGAAGCACCGGCAGGAACGCCCUCCUCCUCAGAGUCCAGUUUCUGCGAGGAGGAGGACGGGGGGGAGGGCCUGAGUCCCGGCGGGGGGCACACGUACCGCCUGGAGUGUAACAGCACAGCCCGCGCCUACCGCAAGCACUUCCUGGGCAAGGAGCACAUGAACUACUACUGCACUGGCAGCAGCAUAGGGAACCUCAUCAUGUCCCUGAAACACGAAGAGGCCGAGGGACAGGAGUUCCUACGCAUCAUGCUCAGGUCGAGGACCAAAACUAUCCACGACAGAAUCUCUCUAGCAGGCAUCAACCAGCUGCCCAGCGUCCCACAGAUUGCUAAGCUUUUUUGUGAUGAUGCCACAGGCCUGAAGUUCAACCCAGUCCUGUACCCGCGGGGAUCCCAGCUGAUCGUGGCGUACGAUGAGCACGAAGUCAACAACACCUUCAAAUUUGGAGUCGUCUACCAGAAGUUCGGGCAGACAUCAGAGGAGGAGCUGUUUGGCAACAACGAGGAGACGCCGGCGUUCAAGGAGUUCCUCGGCAUUCUGGGCAACAACAUUGAGCUUCAGGACUUUAAAGGGUUCCGCGGUGGGCUGGACGUGUCCCACGGACAGACGGGCUCUGAAUCCGUCUACACCGUCUUCAGGCAGAGGGAGAUCAUGUUCCACGUGUCCACCAAGCUUCCCUUCACGGAGGGAGACGUCCAGCAGCUCCAGAGGAAGAGGCACAUAGGCAACGACAUCGUGGCCGCCGUCUUCCAGGAGGAGCCCACGCCGUUCGUCCCAGACAUCAUCGCCUCCAACUUCCUGCACGCGUACGUGCUGGUGCAGGCGGAGAACCCGUGCACGGAGCACACCACCUACAAGGUGUCUGUGACGGCGAGGGAGGACGUGCCCCCGUUUGGACCCCCGCUCCCGAACCCGGCGGUUUUCAAAAAGGGUCCCGAGUUUCGAGACUUCCUGCUGACCAAGCUGAUCAACGCUGAAAACGCCUGCUACAAGUCUGACAAGUUCGCCAAACUCGAGGGGCGAACGAGGGCGGCGCUGCUGGACAACCUCCACGACGAGCUGCACAGGCAGAGCCAGACGGCGCUGGGCCUGGGCCAGGUGGGGGAGGAGGACAAGCUGGAGAACGGGGGCCACGGGGGUCUGCUGGAGUCCUUCAAGAGGGCCAUGCGUGUCAGAAGCCACUCCAUGGAGACCAUGGUGGGCUCUCAUCGUCACAGGAGCCCCGGUGUGGGAGGAGGGGUCCCUGCCAGCCUGAGUGGAGGAGGACUUCCGCAGAGCACCAGUGAAUGCACAAAGAGCACUUUCACUCCCCCCGUGCUGUCGGCCAAGUCCCCUCUGAAGAGCCCGGUGAAACGGCGUUCUGGCCUCUUCCCCCGCCUCCACUCCAGCACAGAAUCCCCAUCAGACAAACACACCCGCAGCGACCAGAAACCUGCCGAGAUCUGCCCGCCGUCCCAAGAAGUGAGGUCAGAGACCUCGUCGAAUCCCAGCUCACCUGAGAUCUGCCCCAACAGAGACAGGCCGUUCAUGAAGCUGAAGGAGUGCAGCGGCGGCCGGCCCAACAUCUCUCGCUCGUCCUCCAGCACCAGCAGCUUCAGCAGCACCACGGGAGAAACCGAAGCUCUGGAAGAACUAGACACUGCGGGUCAUCCCUCCAUCACGUCCUCCUCCGCCUUCAGUCCUUCCCUCAGCGUGGACAGCCAGGGAUCAGGGACCCCUGUCAUCAUGUGCCGCAGUCCUACAGGUCCAGUAUAUGCAUUUCCUUCUUUUGCAGACGGGAAAAACAAGACAUCGCCGAGGUCAAACUUGAAGUUUCGCUUUGACAAAAUGAGCCACUCAUCCACAGCUUCUGAGUAGCUUUGUGGAAGCGGAAACUGACUUGCGCAAGAAGAAGACGAUGGCACGGACCGACGUAGCUGCGUCAAAAGAGAAACAAAAUCACCACAACAACCACAAAACCACUGUAGAACCACUUCCCAAGCCAAGGAUAAUCUGACAGGAUUUGCCAACCGCAGCAGCGCCUCCACACGCUGUAAACUAACGAGGGGCACUGUGAGUCUGUAGAGGGAGACAGCUGACACAUUGGAGUUCUUUUCAACCUUUAGCUACGGAAACAAAUCAGUUGCAAGUUGCUGCAUCUCAGUUGCUUAUUGCUCCCAUCACAGUAAAGGUCAUGGCAUGGCUGUAACACUGUGAGAUUAGGCCAAGUUCAUGAAACACACAACGCCGGCAACGUGAGACUAUGGCUGAACUGUUACUUUCUGCGUCCAGCACCGGCCGUGGUCAGUGGAGAGGGUGUCUUUGCCAGAUCGCUUUUCAGGUGCCCGUUUUGCCUUUGUCCUCGAUGGCGGUACGUCUGGCAACGCUCGCGUUUUUUUUUUAUUUUGCCUAAAAAAAACUGCACAUACACGCGAAACCACCCCCACGCGACGAAACGGUCGUAGCAAAACGACGCGAGUCUGAGCGCUGUACGAUAAGAGCUCGUCCUCUGGUAUAAAAACGCUUUUUUAUUUGACUCUCUGAUUUUCUGCGACGCUUUCGUGAACUCGCUCGCUGCUGCUUUCUGCCCGCUGCACUAUAAAAAGUGGAGUUUAGUGGACACAACGGGGAACAGGAGGAGACACUGCCAACAUGUUUCGCCACACGCUUAUUUUAGCCAAAGCUGCGCCUUACAAUCUACUGAAAGCCCCUUCACCGCAGAUGCUGUCUGUCUGUCUGUCUGUCUGCCUGCCUUUGUUCCCCUCGCUAUCUCUGUCACUAUGUGAGAGGAUAGGAAACUUCUAGGUCCGGUUACAGCUCAGUUGUGGGCCGAUCAACACCCACAUUUGCUGAAAAUAGACGCUACACUUAGUGAAAAGCUCCCCCCUCCUGAUGCAGCCCAUUCCAGCUUGCUAGCUCCGUGUAUCUGUAGGAACGUCUCCAGGGUUUUUGCCCAUGACGACGACUCGAAGCACGUGCUUCAGGUUGAAGUGAACCUUAAGUUGAAUGUGAACUUAGAGCUUUUUUUUUUUUUUUUAUCUUAUGCUUUGUUAAUUAUUGCUCAGUACCCUAUAAAUAAACUGCAAAGCCAGUUGCUUACAAGCACAACAGGACUACACUGUACUGUAGGUGUCACGUUGUCCUGAACCAGAACAGAACAUUAGUCCGGGGUUGUACUAACUUGGAGUGAGCAUGAAAUGCUGGAAAAUGACAAAUGAGGAGGAAAAAAACACACAAUAUGAGCAAACUACUGUAGGUCCAAUGUCUCGUGCUGUUACCAUGUAGAAAAUCAUUCCUGUUGGUCGGAGGUCGAGUGAAUAGUGUGAAGUUCUGCCACGUCAAAAUUUCAAAGGCCCAUUUGCACCCGUGUGAUGUUCGUGACCUUUGACCCUGGCAGGAAUCUGUUGGGUUCUUUGGGAAUUGCAAACAUACUGGGAUGGACAUCUGCUGUGUUGACUAAUACACACUGUGCUCAGUUAGCAUAAACUAGUGAUUACCUCGAAAAAGGGAAGCGACCGGUGCGUUUGGACGUCAGGAAGCUCAGACGACGUUUAGUUUGUAGCAGGUAUCACCUAAACGCCCUGCAGCCUUUUCUCUGUUAAUACGCUUAAUUUAUUAUAUGACAACUUCUUUUGCAUUGAUGUCAUGUAAAAAUGUAACCGCAGAGUACGCUAAUUAUUAAGGUCAAUCCAUAAAAGGAAAUAUAUUAAUUUAAAAGAUGUCUAAACAUGUAUAUGUAUAUUUGGUUAUGUAAUGUGCCAUUGAGAAUUUAUUCUAAAAUAAAGUGUUGUAUUUUGUGUCA